UGAGACCUCGUCGGACGUCGUCAGAGCAGAGUUGUAGGAGUUGUCUGUGGAACAACACAGCCAACUGUGACUCGCGCGCGCAAAUACACUUUCUUCGCCGCCGUCGCUGUCGUAGAAUUGGUGGAAUUUCUAGGAAAAAGAACAAAACGCAGAAUACACACUCGAUGAUAGGAGGCUGUGAACCCUUCCCAUGAAUGGCGCAAAACGCACAGGCCUACUUGGAAGUUGAUGCCUGAAAACGGACCUUUUUUGUAGGGUCGAAAAUGCCAUUCUUUCUCGUUUCGCGCGCUUCGUUUGCUCGGUAAGAAAAAUGACGAAGAAGAAUGUCUUAUAAAAUGGCGUCGGUAAAGAAUAUCGCCUUUUCUGUGAUGCUUUACUCAUCGUAACCGAACCGACGAAAGCAGCUCGGCGCUUGGUGAUACGGAACGCGUGUUAUCAACCAAAACAUUAUCAGCGGCUCUCGACGACACAAAACCGCGCGCGAUGUGUUCGAGAACGAAACGUGCGUAAAAGUGUAAGUGCAAGAAAGUGAAAAAGUUUGAUACGAAAAGUGAAGAGAACUCGUCAUAACGACUAAUUGAAAAAAAAAACCUAUUGUGUAAGAUAAAAGUGAAGUGACAACCGAGCAUAUUGUGUAGCAAGCAAUUCGUAAAGUAAUCAUUAACUGAUAAGGAAAUCAACGUGCGCCAGAUAACAAAACACAGUCAGUGAAAAUGUGUGCGGCACAAACUAAUCCGCCCACCAGUUUCAACUACACAUGGGGCUUCGCGGACAAUUCCCGCACCGAAUCGGUCGUGGAGAUUAGCCCCAACAUCAACUACACUGUGAGCGAUGCAACGAUGCCAUACUUGCAGCUACCGGACGGGGCUAGCAUUAUAGUGCAGAAGGAUGCCAAGGGGACGAUCACACACGCCAACAAGGGCGUCCGGCGGAUGAUCGUCGUGAACGAUCCAUCGGCGAUCCAGCAGGGCACAACGCAGCGCAUUAUCACAACCAGUGGAACCACGGCUACCGUUACUGGACAUCCGGCAGUGAAGAAACAUGAAGUCAUAAAUCAAUCUAACUCCGCUCUAGCCAACGGAAUCAUCGACUCGAAGACCAAGACCAUCCUGACCACAGGCGGGAAUGCGGCGUUCAUGUCUCCACUGGGACCGAUUCAGCUGACGGCCGAAGAAUGCAACGAUAUUCUGAUGAAGCGAGCAGCAGCCGCUGUCGCUGCCAACAAUCAACAUGCCAUUACGACCAACACCAAUGAUCACCAUGCCGCAAUUGCCGUUCAAGUGCAGAAAGUUAUCCAGGGUUUGGAGGAAAACGACGAUUCGGAAGCCGCAACCACUACGCAUCAGUUGAAGAUAGAGCCAACGUUGAGCAUUUCACCAAAACUGGAAGCGGUAGAAAUUGAUUAUAAUGAGUAUGUCCACGACUCAGACACACCUACGCCGAAUGUAGUGCCCAAAGAGCGUCCCUACUCUUGUGAUCAGUGCGGAAAGUCCUUCUUGUUGAAGCAUCAUCUUACAACACAUGCUCGUGUCCAUACUGGUGAACGACCUCAUGUGUGCGUGCACUGUGGCAAGGAUUUCGCCCACAAACAUUGUUUGAACACCCAUCUGUUGCUGCACUCGACAGACCGUCCCUACCAGUGCCAAGAAUGUAAAAAGAGCUUCACGCUGAAGCAUCAUCUGUUGACACACUCGCGGGUCCACAGCCGAGAGCGACCUUUUGUGUGCCAAGAAUGUGGUCGAUCGUUCCCACUGAAGCGUCACCUGGUGACCCACAGCAAGUUCCACGCCGGAGAGCGUCCUUACGUGUGCGAGGACUGUGGCGAAAGUUUUGCCCAAAAGGAGCAUCUGGUCAUGCACUCUCGGUUCCACGGUUCUUUGAAUCCGUUCGUGUGCCCGGACUGUGGUGCUACCUUCCCGCGUAAAUUUCAACUGGUGAACCACGGUAAACUGCACGGACGUAUUCCACAUUCGUGUACCCUGUGCGGGAAGGAGUUCCUCCAGAAGCGAACAUUGGCCGCUCACAUGAGAAUUCACACCGGAGACCAGCCAUUCCCGUGCAUUGCCUGUGGUGAAGGCUUCCGCACAAAGUCCGAGCUGAACGCCCACAACCGAUUGACCCAUGGUGGCGUAAACCCAAAUUCAUCCAACACCACGAUCAUAACCACCAACUCCGUGGUCACCACCAAUGCCCAGAACCAGCAGGCCCAGCAACAACAACAGCAGCAGCAAGUUCAACAAGCUCAGGCCCAACAACAGCAACAGCAACAGCAGCAACAGCACCAGCAGCAACAACAACAAAUCGAAGUUCACCAGAUUCAGCAUCAUCAAGGACAGCAAACCGUCCAGGAUGUUAACACCGGUAACAUCAUCACCACGAUUGCCGCCAGCCAAAGUUCGCCGGAAACGUCUCCGCGGCCUCAGUAUGCCUGUCGGGAGUGCGGCAGUGCCUUCAACAGCCGCGAAGCACUUGCCCUCCAUCUGCGUCUACACACGGGCGAUAAGAGCUUGAUGACGGAUCUUUGCGCCCUUACCGCUGCUAUUCCCGGCCAUUUGUUCCCAGCUGUUAAUCAAGAAUAUUCAUUAAUAGGAGGUGGCACUACCGUUGUUAGCGCAAAUCCUGUAAUGUCAUCAUCUCCCGUUCCAGUACAAAUUAUCACCUCCUCCGGUCAGGUGGUACAGCAAACGUUACAACCACAGAGUCCACCACAACAGCAGGUUCAAGUACAGCAUCAACAGACACAGCAACAGGUCCAGCACCAACAGACUCAGCAGGUACAGGUAGUGCAGCAACCGGCGCAGGUUCAGCAGGUGCAACACCAGCAGACGGUUGUGGUCGCCCAGGCGAAACCCAAGUCCCACUAUUGCGGCCAUUGCGGCAAAGGUUUCGCGGCUAAACAUGGUCUACUGUUGCACAAUCGGCGCCAUCCAGACGGAGCCUGCACCGUGCGGACACACGUUUGCGAAUGCGGAAAGGCCUUCUUCCAGAAAAACCAUCUCAUGCUGCAUCAACGCCAGCAUCUGGAGCAAAAUCAACGAACGGGUCAGGGCCAGGCGCAGGCGCAGGCUCAACAGGGACAGCCUCAACAGCAACAGCAACUGGUUGUUAUACAACAGACCAACCAAGAUGCUCUGGUCCAGCAGCAACAGCAGCAAGCCGCCCAGCAGCAAGCACAACAGCAAGCCCAGCAGCAACAGGCGCAACAGCAGCACCAACUGCAGCAACAAGCCCAGCAACAGGCACAACAGCAAGUCGCACAGCAGCAAGCGCAGCAACAGCAAACCCAAGCCCAGAACAAUCAACAGCAGCAUACGAUGCGCAAUCUGGUUAUCGCCAACCAGCCCGUGCAGGUACAAUAUGUACAGGUCCUCGAGAGCAACACCGCCCAGGUGAUCAAGUACGAAAUCAUUCAUGACUCAUCAAGGAAUUCGAAUGUUGAGUGAGAGGAGGCCAUGCUCCGUAUAACCAAACCGGAUGGUACGGAGGAAAUGAAGAAAGUAUUCAUACUAAAAAAUGAGGUGGGAUGAAAUAUGCUGAAUACUGCUGGUACGACGGCUGGCUCUGCUGCUGCUAGUGGUGCAGCAACAGCAGUAAGUACUGCUACUUCAUCGCUAGUCAUGUCAACAGCAUCGGCGGCCGUCGCAGCGUCAGUACAAGCACCACAAGCCAUGGCCAUUACACCGAGCACCAGCGGGGGAGGUUUCAUUAUUCAUCACCCAUCGGGUGCCGUCAUUACGCCACAGCAAAUUACCCAACCUACAUCCCAUCAACAGCAACAGAGUGCCGGCGUCGUAGAUAUCGAGGAUAAAAGUGGAAUUAUUGUAAAUAUAGAUCACAAUCAGCAGCAGCAACACCAUCAGCAGCACCACCCACCACCACACUCGCAACAGAUAGCAAUGGGAGAAAUUAUGGAUUACAAGGAUGCAUCUUUGAUUGGGGCGCCAGUCGGGGAUAAUCAUCACAACUAUGCGUCUGCUAAUGCAAUCGUUGUUAGCGAAAGCGGCGAUUAUCAGCAUAUCUAUCAGCAGCAGCAACAACAACAACGAAUAG